CCUAGAGCCACGCGUUCGCAGAAUCAAAAAGAAAUCAAGAUCAUGUCUGUCAACAGCGUCUCCCUUUCGGGCUCACAUUCUAUCUCGAAGACUGCCGUGCCCAGUAUAACACUCAUCCCAAAUCAUGGUGUCAAAGGCGACGCCCAUGCGGGACCAACGGUCCAGCACCGACCCUUACGAAAUACCAGGCCGGCCGAUGCAAACCUGCGCCAGGUACACCUGAUGCACGCUGAGAUCCUUCAGAAAGUGUGUAAAGACCCUGCGACCGGAGCGAAGGACAUCACCCUCAAACCAGGACAAUUGGGCGAGAACAUCACAACCCAAGGUAUUGAUCUGCUCUCAUUGCCCAAGGAUACAAAGUUGCUGUUUGUAGACGGCAAAACACCCCGGCAGGACGCACCAACUCUGAGGCUGACUGGUUUGCGCAACCCCGGUCCCCAGCUUGAUGCUAUGAAGCAGGGGCUGAAGGACCGCUUCUUGGUGAAGGAUAGUCGGGGCGUGGUGAUCGGAUACAUGGCUGGUGUCAUGAGUGUUGUCGAGAAAGGAGGUGAAAUUCGACCGGGGAUGGAGAUUGUGGUCCAAAGACCAGCAACAAACCUGGCUCUUAAUUGUAUCUAAUGUGAGUUGCUGUGUAUGUUAUGAUGUACCGCAGGGCAAACCGUCCCUUGAUCUAGGCCUGCAAGUACAGUACGCUGAAGAAGAUCUUCAAUCAAGACAUAAUUUUAACACACUCGUCGAUCACGCUAUACUCAAUCUUCGAAAUAGAACCUAUACUCG